AUCUCAUAACCUAAGAACUGAUCAUCAAUGUUACACUUCUUUCAGUGCUCAACUUGACAACAGCACUCGUAGCAGGACCUCUUUACAAUCUCUAAUGUGAAAAAUGCUCUACCACUUGAGAACCGCCUGUGUUUCUGUACAGAUGUGUGUGGCUCUGCUGGUCCUGUGGUGCUGCCGCUGCAUAUCGACAGCUGAUGUUUCCUACCCCAAAACUCUGCCAUGUGAUGUUAGUGAGGAGAACAACGGGAGUGUGGUGAAAGUAGACUGCACUGAGAGAAGCCUCAAAGAAAUCCCCUACGGCAUCCCCAGAGACACUACCAAUCUGACGCUCACCAUCAACCACAUUCCUGAAUUAAACUCCUCCUCCUUCCACGGUCUGGAGAACCUGACAGAGAUUGACAUGAGGUGCAACUGCGUGCCCAUCAAAAUUGGCCCCAAAGACCACAUGUGCACUCAGAGUGUGACGAUAGAGGAAAACACCUUCACCAGCCUGAAGAGUCUGCGAGCACUGUAUUUGGAUGGCAAUCAGCUCAUCAGUAUACCUAAAGGCCUGCCUUCAAAUCUGAUCCUGCUGAGUUUGGAAGUGAAUCACAUCUACAAUAUUUCAAAAGCAAACCUCUCUGAGCUCAGAAAUGUUGGGCUUCUUUACCUUGGGCAAAACUGCUAUUAUCGUAACCCCUGUAACAACUCCUACAGUAUAGAGAAUGGUACAUUUUCACAGCUUAUUAAUUUGACAUUGUUAUCUCUUAAAUCAAAUAACUUAUCUUUUAUCCCACCUCAACUACCCACAAGUCUGAAAGAGUUGUAUCUCUACAACAAUAAUAUUCAAAAUGUCACCAAUGAGGAUUUCAAAAGUUUAACUAAUCUUGAGAUUCUAGAUAUUAGUGGAAACUGUCCUAGAUGUUACAAUGCCCCUUUCCCAUGCACCCCAUGCCCAAAUAAUUCACCACUAAAAAUCAGCAAAAUGGCUUUUAAAAUGUUAACAAAACUAAAGACACUCCGUUUGCACAGCAACUCUCUGACAUUUGUACAAUCUGAGUGGUUUACCAACACAAAAGAGCUGAAAGUGCUUGAUCUUUCUACAAACUUUUUGGCAAGUGAUAUAGGAGACACCAGAUUCCCACAUUUCCUAGGAAAACUGGAAGAACUGGACCUUUCAUUUAACUAUGAGCUUCAACGGUAUCCUCAAACACUGACACUGAGUCGCAGUUUCUCCUCCCUCAGAUCCCUUAAAAUUCUGAGACUAAAGGGUUUUGUGUUUCAGCAGCUGAGACCAGAGAGUAUUGAUCCUUUAAAACCUCUCCCAAACCUGGAGGUUUUAGACCUGGGUACAAACUUCAUUAAAAUGGCAAACCUUAGUAUUCUGAUGGAAUUAAAAAGCUUUAAAAUAAUCAGUCUGUCUGACAACAAAAUAUCUUCCCCCUCUGAUGGCCAAGACACUGUUGGUUUCUCUGGGCGAGAGCCCUUGGACUGGUCUCCAAUGUCAGCUGCAACUCAGUACCAAAGGGAAGUGAGAGAGAUUCAUUACUUCAGAUAUGAUGAGUAUGCACGCAGCUGCAAAUACAAAGACAAAGAACUUGGAGUUAUCACAUCCUUUGUAAAAAGAAAAUGCAGUCGGUUUGGCAAAACCCUGGAUGUAAGCAGAAACAACAUAUUCUUCUUGCAUUCAAGAUUUUUAAAUCUCAGAGAGCUGAGAUGCCUCAAUCUCUCUGGAAAUUUAAUGAGUCAAAGUCUGAACGGCUCUGAAUUUACCUAUCUGACUAAUUUAAAAUAUCUGGACUUCUCAUCAAAUCGCCUGGACCUGCUCUACUCCACUGCAUUUCAAGAGCUGAAAAGUCUGGUCAUCCUGGAUAUAAGUAACAACAACCAUUAUUUUGAAUCUGAGGGGUUGACUCAUAUGCUUAAUUUCACUAGAAAUUUAAAGAAUCUCAAGAUACUACUGAUGAACCACAACAAGAUCUCUACUUCCACUAACACAGAGCUAGAGAGUCAAUCUCUAGAGAGGUUAGAGUUCAAAGAUAACCGGCUAGAUGUGCUGUGGAGAGAUGGGGACACCAGAUAUUUCAAUUAUUUCAAGAAAUUAUUUAAUCUGACUUUCCUUGACAUCUCUCAAAACAACCUCAAUUUUAUUCCAGAGGAAGUGUUCAGCAGUUUGCCAGACAAGCUGUCUGAGCUCCACAUUAAAAACAACAAACUAAAAUCCUUUCAUUGGGAAAAACUGCAAUUUCUACAUUCUUUGAAAAUCUUAGAUCUCAGUGGAAACAGUUUAACUACUGUUCCAGAGAAGUUGUCAAACUGUACCAAAUCUCUCAAAAAACUAAUUUUGCAUAGAAACCAUAUCCUAAAACUAGCACCAGAUUUCCUCACGGAUGCCAACAACUUAAAAUAUCUGGAUCUUAGUUUUAAUGAUAUACAGUAUAUUGAAAAAUCAAGCAUUCCAGAUAAUAUUGAUGAGAAUAUGAAAAAGCUGCUGCUGCACAAUAACAAAUUCCUGUGCACUUGUAAUGCCACUUGGUUUGUAACAUGGCUCAACAAAACCAACAUUACCAUUCCCAGACUGGCCACAGAUGUGACCUGUGAUGCACCAGGCGCACAAAAAGGUCAUCCUGUAAUCUCAGUGGACCUGCUGGCCUGCCAGCACAACUACCUGUCAAUCAUCCUCUACAUCCUCAUGACUUCGCUCAUCCUGAGCUUGCUCACCCUGUCCAUCUCCAGCCACCUCUUCCUGUGGGACGUCUGGUACAUCUACCACUUCUGCAGGGCCAAGCUCAAGGGCUACAACCGCCUAUACUCCCAGAGCUGUGUCUAUGAUGCAUUUGUCAUAUAUGAUAAAGAGGAUCCUGCUGUGUCGGAGUGGGUGAUGAAGGAAAUGUGUGUUCAUCUGGAGGACCGUGAAGACCACUGCCUUAGACUAUGUCUAGAGGAACGGGAUUGGAUCCCUGGAUGUCCCCUGAUCGACAACCUCUCCCAGAGCAUCCACAGGAGCAAAAGGACCGUGUUCAUUCUCACCAAAAAAUAUAUCAAAAGUGGCAACUUCAAGACAGCUUUCUACAUAGCCCACCAAAGGCUAAUGGAUGAAAAAAAUGACGUCAUAGUACUGAUCUUCCUGGAGAAAGUACCUAGCAAUUCAAAGUACCUGAAACUGCGAAAAAGACUUUAUAAGCGGUCUGUGCUGGAGUGGCCAACAAACCCCCAAGCCCAGCCAUACUUCUGGUUCAGCCUGAGAAAUGUAUUAGCAACUGAAGGUCACAAACAAUACAGUAAUCUCUUCAAAGAGACACUGUAAAUACAAUAUACUGUAAUAGUGGCUUCCUUAUUUUCAGAUUGUUCUGAAUGUACUUCUGUACAUGAAUUACACUGUGUGAAUAUCUCACCAUUUAAAUGUAUGCUAAAGAUAUAAUUGUGAUAUCAAUGACCAAUCAUGUGCUAAUUUUGAAUUUACUGGAACUGGCUGGCACUCUCUGCCAACUCCACAGAGGAUCAGAAUUGAAACUGCCAACAAAUCAUGAAAGAGAGAAAUGAAACAGAUGUACUUCUUCAUUUCAAACACUACUUCUGUCCGGUAGUGUCUGUAGUUCUGUGAAGCUGUCAAUUUGUUGCUUUGUUUGACUUCAGCAACAGGGGGACCUUUUAAAUGUAUAUUGUAUAUGAAAAUUAAGAGAAUACAGAUUAAGUAGGCUAUUUUAUUUUUUGAUUUCAAGUGCAGGAACUUCAAGGAACAUGAAGGAUCAAUAUAAUACAUGCACAAUGGUGAGUUUCUGUACUUUUUUAAGCCUUGCUCUAUGUACAGCAGAAAAUAGUUGUGUCUACCCAAAUUUUAUUCACUAGACAAUCAGCAGGUGUUAUGGCUUUAAUUGGUUGUGUGUGUACCAUCAAUGAUUUUUUUUCUUUUCUUUUCUUUUUUUCCCUAAGAACUUUAAAUGACUUGAUAAUACUAGGACUAACUCUGCAUGAAUUUAUAUUGUUCAUAUUAUUCAUUGAAAAAAACAGCACAAUAAAGUUUCCACACAAUUGUGUGGGAAAAAAA